UUCAUCACUGCUAGAGAAGAAGGGAAAGAAACGGAAGAGAAAUUCUGAGCGAAGAAUAAUUGCUUAGAUUUUUUUUCUUUUUUCUUUUUUGGAGUUUGUGGCAACGUGAAUCUAAAUCUCUGCAACGUUUUCGGAGCAGCGAAGAUGUCGAAAACAUCGUCAUCAACCGCAUCAAAGCUGAUCAUCAGAAACCUCUAUCACUACAUUUCAUCAGCCCAGAAUGCCGCUUCGAGUGGAGGAGCAUCGCAUUUCUUCACUCGCAAUCCAGGAAUUCCCCAAACCCCAAUCCCAUCGCCAUGGCUGUCGCAGAGAACUCAUUUUUCAUCAUCCCCAUUUCCGAAGCAUCUCCAAAGCCCUACCCGGAAGCUUAACCCAGACGGUAAAUUGGCUAUUGAUUUCUUGUCCAGGAGGAAUUUGUUAGGGUUUAGGUGGUUUUCGAUGAAGGGUUCCGAGCUGGGUGCGAAGAUGAGUGGCGUGCUUGGGAGGAAUGGGGUGAAAAUUCCGGUGGGAGCUUUGAAGAAUACGGUUUCGCGGUACAAGGAAGCUGUGGGUUUACAGAUUGAGGCAUUCUGGAAGAGGAAUUCUUUAGUGUUGUAUGGUGCAGUUGGGGUUAUGGUUUGCAUUUUGCUUUGGAAGCUUUUGUUUGGGAUUGCCAACACAUUCAUUGGUCUUUCUGAAGGCAUGGCUAAGUAUGGCUUCCUUGCUCUUUCCACUGCCAUUGUCGCAUUUGCUGGCUUGUAUGUACGAACACGAUUCACGAUCAAUCCAGAUAAAGUUUAUAGAAUGGCCAUGAGAAGACUCAAUACGUCAGCUGGAAUUCUUGAGGUUAUGGGUGCUCCUUUGUCAGGGACAGACCUGAGAGCAUAUGUGAUGUCAGGGGGUGGUGUUACACUGAAGAACUUCAAGCCGCGGUUUAGAAGUAAAAGAUGUUUUCUAAUUUUUCCUAUACGGGGCUCUGAGAGGAAAGGCUUAGUAAGCGUUGAAGUCAAAAACAAGAAAGGCCAGUAUGAUAUGAAGCUAUUGGCUGUAGACAUACCAAUGGUUAGCGGACCUGACCAGCGCCUUUAUCUGAUUGGCGAUGAAGAAGAAUACAGGGUAGGUGGUGGUCUGAUUUCUGAACUAAGAGAUCCCGUUGUUAAAGCAAUGGCAGCGAGCAAGGAGUUUGAAGAUCUUGAUCAGUUGGAGGAUGAAGAGGACGAGGAAAGGAAACGGCAAGAAGCUGAAAGAAGGCAUCGAGAAGAAAUUGAAAAAAUAGAAAAAAGAGAUUCAUGAUGGAUUGCAUAUUGUGUUCCCGACACUUUGUUUCACAAGGAGAUCUAUCUCUAUAACAUGAGCAUAGGCCAUGAAAGUCCAAAAACAUUGACAUAAAAAGUAUUUCUGGUUAUUACCUUUUUCUUUCUUGACCUUUUGAA